AUGGUCAAUGUCACUUUGGUGACAGGGUUCCUUCUCCUGGAGUUUUCUGAGGACCCUGCGUGGCAGACGUGCUGGGGCCUUCUCUUCCUGCUGCUCUCCCUGGUGGCUCUGAUGAGCAACCUUCUCAUUGUCACUGUUCUUACCCUGGACCCGCAGCUCCGAGCACCCAUGUACUUCUUCCUGGAGAACUUGUCCUUGCUGGACGUCUCUCUGGUGUCCAUCCCAAUCCCAAAGUUCAUCGUCAACAGCCUGAUUCACAACAAUUCCAUUUCCCUUCCAGGCUGCGCCUUCCAGCUCCUUUUAAUGACUUCCUUCUCAGCCGGUGAGAUAUUUAUCCUCACCACCAUGUCCUAUGACCGCUAUGUGGCCAUCUGCUGUCCCCUACACUAUGAGGCCAUCCUGAAUGGUGACGCCUGUGUGCUGAUGGCAGGGGUUUCCCGGGCCAUGGGGAUGCUCUUUGGAGCUGUGUACACCGCUGGUACAUUUUCUGGGCCCUUCUGUGGCUCCACUGUGAUCCCGGAGUUUUUCUGCAAUGUCCCCUCCUUACUCAAGAUUUCCUGCUCUGACACCCUCCUGGCAGUCUACCCCAGCAUGGGCAUCGGGGUGUGUCUGAGCCUGUCGUGUUUUAUCUGCAUCAUGUUCUCUUACGUUCGCAUUCUCUCCACCGUGCUGAGGAUUCCAUCCCUGAAAAGUCAGUCGAAAGCUUUUGCUACGUGCCUCCCCCGCCUCGUGGUCUUCACUGUUGUCAUGCCAACUGCGUUCACUGUUUACCUGAGGCCGCCUUCAGAUGCACCCUCAGUGACUGACAGGCUGCUUUCUGUGAUCUACACUGUGCUGCCUCCAAUCCUGAAUCCUGUCGUCUACACCCUGAGGAACAGCGACAUGAAGCGAGGUGUGAGGAAGCUGCUGCCGGCCCUGCCUGCCACUUGA